UUCAGUCUUCAGGACAGCAACAGCUUAGAGGCAAUGUCCACUUGCCAGCACAGCUGGCCUGAAUUAUUUCCUCUCAAUAUGGACAUUUUCUCCUGAUACUCUCCAGUUUAUACACAAAGAAUGGCUGUUUCACAGGUUUGCAGAUUCCUGCGGAUUACAGGCAUAAUGUUUAUGAUUUUUCCUCACAUAAAUCUGGGAUUGCUGUCUGACUACAAGAUCUGUGGAGACUCUGCAUGUGAAAGCCCGAUGAGCAGGGUGCAGGCCAUCAGCGACCACCAUGGCAAGGACUGCCGUUUCCUGAGCUUCAGACGAGGAGACACCAUCUCUGUUUACCACAAACUGACUGGAAAGAGGGACGACCUCUGGGCAGGAUCUAUUGACAAACAGUUUGGCUAUUUCCCAAAGGAUGCUGUGGAAGAGGAUCAGGUUUAUACAACCACGGAGAAAAAAGUGGAAACACAGAAAUCUGAUUUCUUCUGUAUGAAUGAGUUUGGCUAUCCUACUGACUCCAGUGAGCUGGACAGUGAUGAUGAAAAUGAUGAUCAGAAACUCCAAACCCAGGAGUCAGAAUUGACCCAAACCAACCCACACACCGAUGAUACGAAUGCUGAAAGUCCUUCAAAGACCGUAGUUCCCUCUGCAGAAUUUCCAGUUUCAGCACAGCAAUCUGACGGCACAACAACAGAAGGGGGUGAAAAGAGAAAUGAUGGUGAUGCUACUGCCGGGAUUCACGAGGAAGCGCACGAGAAUCCUACGGCUCCGAACGAACAAGGUGGGUCUCCCUCCGCUUCCUGGCUUGGUUCUUCAGUGACAGGAUGGUUACAUCUGGGAAAGGAAGAAGAUUCUGGCAAUUCGGCUGAAGAGGAGAAAGAAAUAGAGAGAAAAGAAACACAAACUAAACCCUCUUUAACUUCAUCCGUGACAGAAUGGUUACAUCUGGGAAAAGAGGAAGAGUCUGACAAUUUGGCUGAAGAGGAGAAAGAAGGAGAGAGAAAAGAAACACAAUCCAACCCUUCUUUAACUUCGUCUGUGACAGGAUGGCUGGGGUUUGGAGGAGAAGGAAAACCUGAUGAUGCAGUAAAAAACAGAGAAGACGAUGAAGAAGCUGCUGAUUCUUUCACUUCAACCAUGACCGGGUGGCUUGGCUUUGGAGGAGAGACAAAAACAGAUUCUGCAAAAAAUGAGCAAGAUGGAGAAAGAGAACUGGAGAAAGAAACUGAGCCACAAGUAAAAUUCAGAGGCAGAAAGAUGUCUCUGGACCUAGAAGGCAGCCAAUUAUAUGAAGAAGAGAAGGAAGAGAUGGGGACAUUGGAGUGGCUAGGAAACGCACUGUCAGGUGGUAGGAAGGACGAUGUCUUACCUGCUGAUGCCGCAUCCAUGGUUGAUGAAAAAGAAACUCCUCAGCUGAAAUUAGAGGAAAAGUCCCAGGAUGUAGGUGGAAUGAUGGACGAGGAAAGAUCUGCAGAAAUGGAGGGUGAAGAACAUCAGAUGCUCAAAUCAAUAGGAGAUGAAGGUGAGGAUAAUAACAGAGAGCCAGGAGAGGUGGAAAUUAAAACUGCAAGUGACAGUGAUCAAGGUUUUUUGACACAAUCUGACAUCAAUCGAGGGCCUGAGUUCAGUUCUGUGGAUCCAAAGUCAGACUUGACCGGAGAAUCUGUAGGUAAGGCUGAAGAUCAGCUGCAAAGCAAGACAACAGAAAGUGGGGAUAAGGAAGGGGCUGAAAUCAUGUCAGAUGAAACUGGUGCUGCUAGUGGUGCUGGUCAUGAAGGUGAGGGGAGCGAUGCAGACACAGAUGUACCUCACAGAGAAAUUUCCACGCCUCAAACUGAUGAAUCAGCAGAACAAAGUCAGGGCAGUGGCAGCGUAGAGGAAGGCAGUGGAAACAGUUUGCCUGUCUUAUCGUCAGGCACAGCUGAGGAGAGAAAUGAACCAGUCCACAGUGACGAGGAAAGUUUAACUGCUCACAGUGUAAAGACCGAUGCUGACAACUCGGAUACCCCUGCUAUGACCGAUAAUAACACAGAGACAGAGACACAUCAUGGUGAGUUAGGAGGGGAGGGAGAGUCUCAGCCUGUUGAGGGUGCUGAGACGAGUGAAACGAGUCCUGAGAAUCUGCAUGAAAAAGGCCCAGAGGGGGACAAAGGGACACUCUCCUCCAGCGGGAGCACAACACAGAUGGUAAACAACGGAGAUCAGGAGUCUGUGUCUCCACAGAGAGUCACAGACGGUGAAGAUGAUGCAGAAAAGAAACAAGAAACGGAGGGAAACGCAGAAAACAGCCAACAAGCUCAAACUGAAAGGGAGUUCAUGACUGAAAAUGGCCUCAAGGCAGCGACUGAGUCAGAGAAAGAAGGUGAGACUGGACAGGUUGAGGAGUCAAAGGAUGAGGAAAAGCAGGAGAAGACAGAGGUAAAGCAAAAUGAAAAACAGGAUGGAGUAAAGGUGGAGGAAGAGAUGCAUGAAGAGGAGAAACAGCAGAAAAUGGGGGAGGAAAAACAGGAUGAGGCAGAGGUGUUAGAGGAAAAGGAGAAGAAGCAGAUAGAGAAGGAGAUACAAGAAGAAGGGAAGCAGGAAGAGGUGGAGGAGUUAAAGGGAGAGAAGAGACAGGAAGAGUUAAAGGAGGUGGAGGUGGAUGGGUUAAAUAAAGAAGAGAAGAAGCAGGAGGAGGUGGAGGAAAUAAAGGAAGAACAGAAGAAGCAGGAGAAGGUGGAGGAGACAAAAGUGGAGAAGAAGCAGGCGGAGGUGGUGGGGGUGAAGGAAGAUGAGAAGAAGCAGGAGGAGGUGGUGGGGUUAAAGGAAGAGAAGAACAAGCAGGAGGAGCUGGUGGGUGUGAAGGAAGAGGAGAAGAAUCAGGAGGAGGUGGUGGGGUUAAAGGAAGAGAAGAAGAAGCAGGAGGAGGUGGUGGGGUUAAAGGAGGAGAAGAAGAAGCAGGAGGAGGUGGUGGAGAUAAAAGAAGAGAAGAAGCAGGAGGAGGUGGCAAUGUUAACGGAAGAGAAGAAGAAGCAGGAGGAGCUGGUGGGUGUGAAGGAAGAGGAGAAGAAUCAGGAGGAGGUGGUGGGGUUAAAGGAAGAGAAGAAGAAGCAGGAGGAGGUGGUGGAGAUAAAAGAAGAGAAGAAGCAGGAGGAGGUGGUGGGGUUAAAGGAAGAGAAGAAGAAGCAGGAGGAGGUGGUGGGGUUAAAGGAAGAGAAGAAGAAGCAGGAGGAGGUGGUGGGGUUAAAGGAAGAGAAGAAGAAGCAGGAGGAGGUGGUGGAGAUAAAAGAAGAGAAGAAGCAGGAGGAGGUGGCGAUGUUAAAGGAAGAGAAGAAGCAGGAGCAGGUGGAGGAGAUAAAAGAAGAGAAGAAGCAGGAGGAGGUGGUGGAGAUAAAAGAAGAGAAGAAGCAGGAGGAGGUGUUGGGGUUAAAGGAAGAGAAGAAGAAGCAGGAGGAGGUGGUGGGGUUAAAGGAAGAGAAGAAGCAGGAGGAGGUGGUGGGGUUAAAGGAAGAGAAGAAGAAGCAGGAGGAGGCGGUGGGGUUAAAGGAAGAGAAGAAGCAGGAGGAGGUGGUGGGGUUAAAGGAAGAGAAGAAGAAGCAGGAGGAGGUGGUGGGGUUAAAGGAAGAGAAGAAGCAGGAGGAGGUGGUGGGGUUAAAGGAAGAGAAGAAGAAGCAGGAAGAGGUGGUGGGGUUAAAGGAAGAGAAGAAGCAGGAGGAGGUGGUGGAGAUAAAAGAAGAGAAGAAGCAGGAGGAGGUGGCAAUGUUAAAGGAAGAGAAGAAGCAGGAGAAGGUGGAGGAGAUAAAAGAAGAGAAGAAGCAGGAGGAGGUGGCAAUGUUAAAGGAAGAGAAGAAGCAGGAGAAAGUGGAGGAGAUAAAAGAAGAGAAGAAGCAGGAGAAGGUGGAGGAGAUAAAAGAAGAGAAGAAGCAGGAGAAGGUGGAGGAGAUAAAGGAAGUAAAGGAAAAAGAGAAGAAGGAAGGUGAAGAGAAACAGAUGCAGUCAUCUCAUGUGGAGGAGCAGAUGGAAAACAACAACGUGAGCAGCAGGCCAGAGUCAGAAAGCAGUGAGAAAGAGACUGAGAAGACACACAAGGAGGAAGAGGAGAGAGAGAAGGAAAAAGAGGAGAAGGUAGAAGAGGUCGAGGAAGAGAAAAGGCAGGUUGAGGAAAUGCAGCAGGUGAAGGAUGGUGACAGGAGGGACAAAGAGGAAGAGGAAAGCCUGAAGUGUUUAAAUGAGCUUUGUCCUCCAGCCACUGACGGUGAAUCUGUCAGAGACGAAGGGACACUCCAACCAGGAAAUCAGAAUGGUGAAAUACCACCAGACAGGACAGGAGAGGUUCAGACAACACCUCCUGAGAGAACUGAGGGAGAAAGAGUACGACAGGAGGAAGACGGUUUGGAAGCUGACCAGAUAGAAGACAUUGAUCUGACAUAUUCAGCAGAGAAUGGUCCCCAUGGUCUGCAUAAUGAAAGUUCACUUGGUCAGACAGCCGAGAAGAGGGAAGAUGGUGAGGUGUAUCCAAGCGAGGCACAAAACGCUGACCUCUCUGACGACAAAGUGCUCUAUCAGGGGAAUAACAUGAAACCCGGAGACACUGAAACUAGCAGCAAUGGGAUUUCCACUGAGAAGAAACCAGACCAAAUACACUCUGAUCAUAAGACAGACACAGAGGAGGUCAUUAAUGUAAGAAGGAAUGAGAACACUGAUUCACAGAUUAAUGAUAAUACAAUUGGCAUCGAAUCCAGGGGAGAGGAAGGAUGGGAGUCUGUUGAAAGCCAGGCUGUUAUACCUGACCAAACGGUGCCACACCCCACCGGUGCUUCACUUCCGUCUGACGAUCACAAUGAAAGAACAGCAGAGACUGGAAAUGGAGGAGCUUUUGGUCUUUUCAAAAACGCCUUUAGCUUUUUCAGUGAAACACCUGCCACUGAAACAAAGGAUUCCACUGAUUCUGCCCUAAAUGUGGAUACUGAAACAGGUGAGACAUUUCAGCCAUCGGCCUCUCCGACCCCUGAACAAGAGCUGGACUCUGAUUCAAGUCAGAUUUAUAAAUCAGAUUUGCACACAGACUCUCAUGUCGCCAUGCCCACAGAGCAGCCACAACAAUCUCCUUCCUCUGCUGAAAUCCAGACAUCAACUCCAUCCCAUGCUCAUCCCCACACUCCAUCUCCAAAAACAGAACCCCCACUCCAAACAAAAACCCUCUACAAGUACUACAAAAACCUGCCCGCCUAUUUCAGUGCGGAUGAGACGACUGUUUUGAUGGAGCUCUUUGGGCAAAACAAACUGCAGUUUUUGGAUUUCAUGUUGGAAAGCUCAGAAACUGUGACUGAAGAUCCUGAUAAUGAUGAAUCUAUACUGUCGGAUAUAGAAAGACUUAUGCACUAUCACAGGGAGACGCUGGUACCUCCCAAUGCGAAGCUCGUGGAUGCACCACAGGAGGACAAGGAAAAGACUAGAACGCUCAUUGCUCUUCAGAAACUAGAGACGCUGAUAACAAGAGUGAGAGAGACAUUCAACACAGGAAAAUCUGACACUAGUAAAGAAAACCAUCAAGCUGAGGCCAGCUGUGUCGGUGCAUCCUGUUCAACUAACAGUAAAGAUAGAGAAAUGACCACUGAGGAUGACUCAAGUAAAACAGAAGAUCCUUCUGUAGCCCUGGAUAGUGACAUCCAAAGAGAUGAAGGGAUGGACGUGGAGAACGAUGGACAAAAGCGUGGAAAAGAGAGAGAAACUGAUGUUAAAAGAAAAGAGAAGGGAGAAGGAAAUAAAGAGUACCGUCCUCACAAUGAGCCAGGAUCACUACAGCCACCUGAAGGGGUAAUGAAGCCCAUUCUGGACUUUGUUCAUCAGAUCGCUGAAGACUCAGUCGCUCAAGUCACUGCAGUGAGGGAGCUCCUAUGCAUUACUGUACAGGUUGUAUCCUCGCUGCCUGAUGACAUCAGACCUGGGCCAGACCUGUACGGGGUGCCAUGGGAGCCAGUCAUCAUCUCCAGUUUGGUGGGGUUGGUGACAAUGCUGUUGUUCACCUGUAGAUGUUAUAGCUCUGUCAAAAGCAGAAUGUAUAGAAGUAAAGAGCGGUGGAUGGCUGAACAGGUUGCACAGUUGCUGGAUGAGAAGUGUAAAGUCCUUGAGACUCUCAGUAAAUGUCAACAAGAGCAUGAUGACCUGGAGAAUUCACUGAGGGACAGUGGGGUCUUGGCCCAAACUCAAAAGACAGAACAUCUGGAGGUCAAAGCCAGACAGUUGGAACAUGAUAAAAAGGAACUGGAGAGGGACCUUGAACAACUGAAGGAUCAGUUGGACAAGCAGAAAGAACACAGGAUAGAGCAAGAAAGAAGGAUAGCAGCGCUUGAAGAGAGCAUGAAAACAUUUGAAGAAGAAACCAAAGACAUCCAGUCACAGGACGAGCAGGCACAAACUACUCUGAAAGUGUACAGUAUGAACAGUGACAGGCUACAAAGGAACCUGGAAACAGCUGGAGAGGAGAAUACACUGCUACAGGAGAGCAAUGCCCAGUUGCGGCAGCAGGUGGAGGGAUGGGCUGAAAGAGUGAGUGAGUUGGAAGCGGAGAUGCGGAGGUGUGAGUUUGCCCACAGCGGGAUGCAGCAGGAUGUGGCCAAUAAGGAUGAGCGUAUAAUGUCCUUGACAGACCGCUUGCUGAGGAUGAAAGCUUGGGAUUCAGAUCUGGAGGAAGAGGAAGGUGAGGAAGGAGCAGAGAAGGAAACGUCCAAUGGGGCACCAGGAAAAGAAGAGGAGAAUGGAGGGGGGGACAUAAUGGACAAACAAGGCCAUUUCCAGAAAGUCCAGAAACUCAUUUAUGCUGCUAAGCUGAAUGCAGACCUCAAAUCAGUAGACGAAGACAAGGACAGGGUGUUUGCCAAACUGAAUGAUGAAGUCAAAGCUAAAGAAGACCUGCAAGUGAGCAUCAAGGAGCUGGAGAAUGAGAAGUUAUCUCUGCAGUCAGAUGCUGAGCACUACACGGAUCAGGUCCAACGGCUACAACAGAAACUCCAGAUUAUGACAGAAAUGUACCAGGAAAAUGAACUCAAGCUGCACAGACUGCUGACAGUGGAGGAGAAGGAGCGUCUGCAGAAAGAAGAGAAGUUAAAUAAAGCAGACAAAAACAUUGCAAUGGCCAUGGAAGAACUCAACAACUACAGACAACGAGCAGGAGAGAUGGAGGAGGAGCUGGAUAAAACCAAACAGUCUUACCAGACCCAAAUAUCAGCACAUGAGAAGAAGGCACACAAUAACUGGCUUGCAGCCCGAGCAGCAGACAGAGAACUUUCAGACAUCAGGAGAGAGAACGCUCUCCUAAGACAGAAGCUGACUGACACACAGUUUAAACUAGAUGCCCUUGACAAAGACCCAUACGCCUUGGACAGUCUGGCUAGACCACUGCCUUUCAGAGCUGAAAGGUCACCGUAUGGUCCUUCCCCUCUGGGUCGACCAGCAUCUGAAACCAGAGCUUUUCUGUCUCCUCCUACAUUAAUGGAUGGACCACCUGCUAGAUUGUCUCCUAGAGUGGGUCGUGGUCCCAUUGAGCCCCCAGGUGGCCAAGGGGAGAUGGAGCGGAGUGGAGGUCCUCAUUCAGACAGUGGCUCAAUCUCUCCUACAUGGGAGAGAGAUCGCAGGGGACCCAUGCCAGGGCCUCCUGGGCCCCCAGGGCCCCUAGGACCUCCAGGCUAUAUGUUUCAAGAACCAGGAGGUCCAAUGUACAGGAGACCUCCCCCAGGAGCUAUGGGCCUUUUGCCUCCUCCCGGCUCCCUCCCACCUGGCCCUCCUCUUCCCCACCCGAGGGGUUUCCCUCCUGCUGGUCCACCAGGACCUCCCCACCCUACAGACAUGGCAGAUGGCUCAUACAGAGAAAACAGCCUUGGAUCCGGGGAACAGGAACACAGAGAGUCUGGUCCGGGUGAUCGAAGGACUCCCCCUGAAGCAGAUCCGAGGAUGGGGGGCCCACCCCUUCCUGGACCCCCCAUGGGCCCCAUGGGCCCCAUGGAUGGUCCCUUUCCUCGUAGAGCUCCCUAUGGACCCCCACCUCCUGAUUUCUACCCUCCGAGGGGACCGGGGGGCCCUCCCAUGAUGCCUAUGUGGGCCCCUCGACCUCCAGGAAUGAUGUUCCCUCCUCGUUUCCCUCCCGGUGGCCCUCCUCUUCCUCCAGCUCCUCAUCCUCACUAUGCUCCCCCCAUGCGGCCCCCUCCACCCGACAGCCUCACACCUCCUUCCAUGGGUCCUCCUCCUCCUCAGCAUUCCCUCUCCUCCCCACCACAGAGCCAGUCACCUGAGGAGCACAGACCCUCACCUGAAGACGCCAUUUGAUCCUGACCAAGUUUCUACUUGAGCUGUGAGAUGAUGCAUUUCUGGUUAAAAUUUAACUCAGUGGUGGAUGGAGGGCAGGUUGCAGUUUUCCACUAAUUUCUGUAACAUCUAUUUAUUAACCAGGAAAUAUUUAAUGAAUAGUGUUAGUAAACAGGAAACAUCAGGCUUCAUUAGCCUGUUUUGUUGCUAUCUGUCUCUCUCCUCCUGUCACAUCCUUGUUUCUCUCUUUCUUCUAUCUCUUUGUUAUUCCCGCUCUCUGCCCCAUCAUCAUCCAGCUUCAUUCCCUGUCAGGUAGUUCCUGUUGUUGUGGAGUCAUGCUAACAGGAGGCAGCCUAAUCUGUGCCUGUGUGUGGGGGUAUUGCCACAUGAACCAGAAACUUGCUUGCUGCUUGUGAGCUUGACAGUGCCGGAAAGGUUUUUAAUGCAGCCUAGGUUGAAAUGUGUGCAUGUAAAGAUGCUGUCUGUGGUGGAGAGUGGAGUAUUUUAUGUAUGGAAUAAUUUCAUCCCAAUGGCACAGAAAGAGAAGCUAUCAGGGAAGAAAUGCAUCUUUUUACACCUAAAACAGUUUAUUUUGUUAUACCAACACUCUUGCCAUUGUCACCAUAAUUAAAAACAAAUAGCCAUUUAGCAUCUGUGUUGUUGUUUACCUGGAUUCAGCUGCACUUAAACCAGAUCACACCAGGAUCUGAUUUCAGUGUAGUUUGUUUUCUCUGUGACUGAACUGAGUUGAUCUUAAACCCUCCAUAAUAUUCACCAGAGGUCAAAUGAAACUUAAAAUAUAAUUAGAGUGCAAAACCUGAUUUCCCUGCAGGAUGUAGGGGAUUCAGAGCAGCAGAUAAACUUCUUUUGAUGCUUUUGAUCAUGUUACAAUGACUUACAUAUGACCCAUGCUUGAAAAGACUGGCGUAUAGAAGACACUUGUGUUUUUGUUGAAGUGAGUUGUGACUGAUCCUGAGAGUCACAGAUUGGUGAAUGAAAUGGACUGAGUGGAAGAGAGGCUGCCUUCAGAGCCAGAAAGAUAACACCCAUGUGAAUUUUGUAAAAAGUGAUUAUUGAUAGAUGAAUAAAGACUGUCAAAUUGUCAA